AUGGCAGUCGGAUGCACAUUCAUUUACAAAGGAAGCGAAAAGAGCCCCAUCGGAAUUUUGGGCCUGGGUGAUUUGAUCAAGGAAGCUGGAUUUCCGCCUGGUGUGAUUCAGAUUGUCACUGGCGAUGGGAAAGUUGGCUCAAUGCUGGCCAGUCACAUGGACAUCAACAAGAUCUCCUUUACAGGGUCGGUCUUCGCAGGCAAGAAAGUGCAGGAACUGGCGGCGAAGAGUAACCUGAAGCGUGUCGUUCUUGAGCUAGGAGGUAAAUCUCCGUCCCUCAUCUUUUCCGAUGCCGACCUGGACAAUGCACUGGAGCACCAUAGUCAGAACUUCCUCUUCAACACGGGCCAAGCUUGCAUUGCCGCGUCACGAACCUUCGUUGAAGAGUCCAUUGCUCCCAAAUUCGUCGAAGAGCUGAAGAAGCGGUACGAAAAGCUUGCUCAUACAACUGGAGACCCGGCAGACGUGAACACGUUCCUUGGGCCCGUCGUAGAUGGCAAGCAGUUUGAGCGCGUGAUGAGCUUCCUCGACAUUGGGAAGAAUGAGGCCGAGCUGGUGACGGGUGGAACGCGGCGUGGAGAGAAGGGGUUCUAUAUCGAACCAACCAUCUUCCUGAAUCCCAAGGACGAUGCGCGCAUCUAUCGCGAAGAGAUAUUUGGGCCUGUGAUGACCAUCCGAACAUUCAAGACGGAAGAAGAGGCAAUCAAACUGGCCAACGAUACCGCCUACGGCUUGUCUUCAUGCAUUUUCACACAGUCUGCAAGCCGCGCACUCAGGCUCGCCAAACAGAUUGACGCGGGUAUGGUGAACGUCAACUCGUCGCAGAUAUUCGCUUUCGAUGCUCCAUUCGGAGGAUCCAAGCAAUCUGGUCUAGGACGCGAAGGUGGAAAGAAUGGCCUGAUGCAUUACGUCGAGGCAAAGACUAUCUUCUUCAAGUGCGUGCUCAUCCUAAGAAGCCUUCGGAUACUGACCGUGAACAGCAUGGCGGUGUGA